AGAGUCUCAUGCUCCCAGUAUAAAAGACCAGUAUGCAAUGACACUGAAACAAAGGGGAAUGAAGACAGUUUGGGGCAAGGAAAAUAACGCUGCAACUCCCAAAGACGGAAUGAGUUCCACUCACAUAUUACAAUAGAUGCUGAAAAUCCAACCUCUGCAUCUGAGACCGAAAGCCUGAAUGGAGAAAAGUCAAGACGACUUCUCGGAAGGGUUUGGAUCACCAUGCCACAAGAAUGACAGAGACCUCAAGACCACCGGCCAUGCGUACCCCACGGGGCAGAUCCAGACCAUAGGAGACAUAGUUCAGUUCACAGUGUGUGUGAGUGAUUUUUCCCCUGAGGAUGUAGUCAUCACAACGUCCAAUAACCUCAUAGAGGUCCGUGCGGAGAAGGUUGGAGGGGAUGGCGUUGUUACAAACACUUUCGCCCACAAAUGCAAGUUACCCAUGGACGUGGACCCCAUGUCUGUGACGUCGUCGCUGGAGAGCGGCGGGAAUCUGACGGUUAGAGCCCGCAGGGUAUCAUAAUGCGUCAUCUCCCCCUGGUCUCAUUGUGCAUAUGAAUCACAACGGAAAUAAAGGAAUUAACGGGC